GGUUUACCUCUAGCCAGCCUUUGGGAGCCACGUGACUUAGCGAGGCUGCCUUCUUUCGUGCUGGCCUUCCUCACUUUAUGUUUCUGCCUCGGGAGACAGUUCGUCCUAAACAUCUCGUGCAGCACAGGCCAUUGAGUUUAGAUGAAGUGUGUUCGCUUUCUCUCGGAACUAACUCGAUUGCUCGAUACAGUGACCGGGACGAGUUCAGACUACGUUUCCCAGGAGCGCACGCAGCCCAAGCCCCGCCUCGGCUACGGUGGGUAAUCUCAGGCUACGGUGGCCGGGAGAGGACAAUGGUUUCCAUGUCAGCGGACAAACGCACUCAGCUUAGCUCCUGGACCAGCGGGAGCAGGCAGUAGUUUCUGCUGACGAGCGAGGAAGCCACAAAAGGGGCCGGCGACCAGUAGGGCGAGAGCCAUGCCGCGCCGGGGCCUAGUGGCCGGGCCGGAGUUCGAGUAUUUCAAGCGGCGCUUUUUCACACCCGCGGAGGUGGCCGAACAUAACCAGCCCGAGGACCUCUGGGUGUCCUACCUAGGAUACGUGUACGACCUCACGCCGUUGGCAGAGGAAUACAAGGGGGACCUGCUGUUGAAACCCAUCGUGGAAGCUGCGGGCCAGGACAUCAGCCACUGGUUUGAUCCCAAGACCAAAGACAUCCGCAAGCACAUAGAUCCGUUGACGGGCUGCCUGAGGUACCGCACCCCGCGGGGCCGCUUUGUGCACGUUCCGCCUCAGCUGCCCCGCUCGGACUGGGCCAAUGACUUCGGGAAGCCCUGGUGGCUGGGCUCACAAUACGAGGUGGGACGGCUGUCUCCCAAAACCCGGAACAUCCGCAUCAUUAACACGCUCACGUCGCAGGAGCACACGCUGGAGGUGGGGGCUCUGGAGUCAAUGUGGGAAAUCCUCCACCGCUACCUGCCCUAUAACGUACAUGCAGCCAGCUACACGUGGAAAUACGAAGGGAAGAAUCUGAACAUGAAUGAUACCCUAGAGGAGAAUGGGAUCCGGGAUGAGGAGGAGGAAUUUGACUUUCUCAGCAUGGAUGGUUCGCUCCACAUUCCUGCAAUACUGCUCUACUUCAAUGACGACCUCACAGAGCUGUAGGAAAGGAGAUUAUGCUCAUGUGGACUCGACAGAUCUCGAGUCUGACUUUUUCUGUGCUGAGGAAAAGAGGUGGGGAGCCAGGGCCUAGACCCCCUCACCCCUCUGUGGUCCCUGCUCUUCCGAAGUGUGAAGCUGCUCCCCAGCUCCACCACCAGGUGCUCUGAGGGAAUCAGGGAGAAUGCAGAUGUUUAGGACAGACACAGGAAGGCACGGUGUCUUGGAUCAGGGAGAUCCAGGAGUCCGAGCUCAGGUAGGACGUUCUGAUAGAAACAGAAAGAGGAGUGCCACACAGGGACGAGGGAUGGAGGACAGCUGUGGCCAUCAUGGAGAUGGGACAGCAGCAGAGAUGGGAUUUACAGACAGGGACAGAAAUGGCCUAGCGACCACACAGAACUGGCUUCUCUCCCUUCUGAAGAGCAUCCGGCUCGCUCAGACUAGAUACUGUGCUGGGGACAUUAUAUUCCCCAAUAUAACUACCCCCAAAAGUGGGCAUCCUACUGCUAUUUUAUGCAUAACUCUUCUGAAACCCAGAAAGACUUAAUGUCAUUAUGGCAUGUUAGUUAGGGAGCGUCAGAGCCGGAAAGCAAAUCCAAGACUUCCCAACCCCAAGUCUGAGCUCUGUUCACUGUCAAGGGACCGUCUCCAUGUCUGUCUUCACGCCAGCCUCAGAGCACUCUCUGGGACACUGGCUUGUUUAGGCUUCGUGCGCACUGGGGAGCAGUUACCGUCUCCGUAAGGGAGCUCCCCAGCGGCAAAGGCGAGGCAGUGAGGACGGCCAACUACUUCCUUGUUAGCCUCAGCAAAGCGCCUCUCCUGAAUUUCUCUGGGCAGAGGUGGGUACUCACGGACUCAAAAGAAAGCUGCAGUGGGGGAGAGCCUGUGCACUGGGACGCUUCGGUGAGCAGCUUCUCUGACGAAGGGCCCUGCACUUAGGCGAGGGAGACGGGGUUGACUGUGAAAUGCUGACUCCCAAAAGGAGGGGCUAAGUCAGGCAGAAAGCUCUCCUGGUGGCUGAGAGAGAACCUCUACAGGGGCCACAGUCACAUCUGGUUCCCUUUAACCCUGGCAGCAGCAGCAAGAACAGAAGUGCGGGUUCAAGUCCCAGCGCCGUAGUUCUGAUAGAGCUUCCUGCUAAUGCGCCUGGGAAGGCAGCCUAGGAUGGCCCAAGUAAUUUUCCCAGUUACCACCACCGCUUGUGUAAACUGCUGUACAGAGUUCCUACUUGUCCUUGCAUUUCCACUUCUGCCCUUCACGCCCUGUGGUCAGUGAGCUCUUGCUUCCCCGCUUCCUGUUGUGUUUGCAAUAAAGUUCUAAAUCCAAAGGCCCUGCACCACUUGUCUCGCAGCACCCCUGUGGGUCCGCUGUGCCCGCACACCGGGCCUCACCAAGCGUCGUCCUGCCUCACGGCCAAAGGUGGUCGCUGCUCGCCACACUCUCCUGCUUCCCACCUGGCAGGUCCUAAAUCUUUCUUCUCAGACCUUUUUUGUCGCUGUUCAUUUCUCGGUGUAGGUCAAGACUGUUAGAUCUCCCCUGCGCACCAUGCGUUUUUCAGGGUUCUUGCUCCACUGUCAAGUGCUGUCAGUGGUUGGCUGACUGCUAGGUAAGCUUGCUGCGCAGAGAGCUGGCCCACCUUGCUCACUGCUGUGUUCCCACUGCUGGCUACACAGUUGCUGCUCAAUAAACUGAUGGAAUGCAGUGUUCAGUAUAAUAACGGCUGGGUGGGUUGCUGUGUCCUGGGAGGCAGUGUGGGACCAAGGGCUAGGACUGCUGGCUCGUGUGCUGUAGUCUUUACCCACAGGUUUCUCUCCGCUUCCCGCAGAUCUAAGAACAAAAGUUACUCCAUAGAGGUUUUUUCUGUCCAGAUUUUUCUGGGCCACUCCCUCUGUCAUUUCCCCAUAUGGCCACCAGAUGGCUGUAAAUGCCUACAGAGUCAGGGAGAGGGCCCUUUAAACCCCGCCAAGUUCCCAAGAAGUCAGUACUGAGGGGGCCCUUUCAGAUUGAAACAGGGGAGGGAAAGAUCAGAAGGCAAAACCACAGGGCCACCAUUCUGUUACAUCAGGUCUAUUCCUGCUGUGAAUACAUGCCAGGGAAGAGUGCGUAUGGGAAGUGACUUGUGGGAUGGUGGCAGGGUCUUGCCUACAGGUGUGUGUGGUGCGGGGCAAGGGGCACAGCUGAGGGAGCUGAAAGGCAGCUGAGUGCAGUCGUGUGUUGUGUGCAAAGCUCGACCAGACACUGUCUUGUUCUCUCAGUAUCUGCACGAGGAGUCUAAGUAACGCCUCAACCUAAGACCUAGAAAGUAAACAGAACACGAGCCGAGGGCCCACGUCCUCCUGCAGUGACCUCUCGUUGUGGAAGCAGAGCUGCCUGCCCUCAGUAAGCCACAGCAGCCUCAGAGGACUCAAGUGGCAAAUAUUUCCCACGAGCCAUGGCCCCUGCACGCACCCGUCACUGGGGAGUAAUGAGGAGGCACUGGUUCCUUGCGGGAAGCCUGCCUACUCGUUGGGAUCAUAAAGCAUACACACGAGACAAGUGAAAAGGUAGAGGAGGAAGGAUCAAAUUAGGGUACAGAAUGUUUCCUCCCUCGUGGCAAGUCACAGGUGGAUUUGUAACCUGGACAUCGUGAAAAUGUUUCUGAAUUCUACAUGUGUGUGUGCAGGUAUUUAUUAUUCUUGAGAAAGACGCUAUAAUUUCCAUCAGCUUCUCAAAAUAAUAUCUGUCCUGAAGUAACAGCUAUCCUGAAAUAGCACACACACACACAUCUUUAAAGACCCUAAAAUGUAAAAUACCAACAGUGAUAUACAAAGUGGUCCCAGGAUUCUUCGCACCUGUCUCAGUAGCCUGUCUCCACCUGUGUUACAUUCGCCACAUUUCUAUGGCAAAAAUUCCUGAAGCUUUUAAAGCUGAAUUCCUGACUAGAUUCAAGGGUUUUCUUACUGUCUCCGACUUGGCUGCACUUCGGAGCUGAGUGAGGGGACACAUCAUCUGGACUUGGGACUGGAGCACUCAGCGAUGACAUCAGGGUCAGGUGAACGCACCCGGCCUCAGAGCUGAGUCUGGGGAGACUACGUAGGUAUGUUCAUGUCAGAACAGUCACUGUGACGGGUCAGCAAAAACACUUGGCUUUGUUGUAAAAAAGCACACAUAUUUAGAAACCUGGAUGAUCUGUAUCUUAGAAGUCAAAUGUUAGACAUUCAAAAUACAGACAAAUAGGCAGCCUAAGUACUGGGUAUUCUAGCCACAUGGGAAGCAUUUUUGAAAACGUGAAUAAGUCGGUGAAGUGAGACCAUUAAAAGUGGGGAUGGGGAUGAGGAAAGAAGCUGAGGUGACGAACAAGCUGGUACGGAGACUGCUAGCACUGGUCUCCUCCUUACCCGGAGCCGCUCAACUACUGUCCUUGGGGAGCUUACUGUGUAGUGGGGACUCAGACAUCUCGCCUCAGCCAUCUGAAGAAGUCACCUCUGUACCCCAGCAGCCACACAGGGCCUGCCACAGAGCAGCAACAAACGCUUCCUUCAGGAGGGAAUGGUGUAAGUAGCCCCCACUUUCUGACUCUGGAACUCAAGAGCCAGAGGUGGGGUCCCUUGCUAUCUGAUCACUGUCAGUCUUUGAACAGAACUGGAGAGAGUGAUAUUUCUGGUGAGAAAUUCUUCCAAGUCUCCUAAAAUACUGAGGAAGAUGAAUUACAUAAGUUUUCCCCGAGAGCUCAACCUCGAGGGACAAAUACUACUCCACCAUAGUGUAUGGGUUGAGACUAUACUUGGCCAUUUGUAGCAGAAGCCUAACCCUACAAGGUGUUAAUUUUAUUCACAUAAUAAGAGGUAUGGAGCUAGUGCAAUAGUGAAUCUGCUAGGUCAUCAGUGUACCAGGUUUCUCCCGUCUCCUCAUUGUUGUCCUCAUGGUUACCAACUUUUUGGCUGCAGGAAUGUAGGCAGGAAUGAAGAAAAGAUGACAGAAGAAAAGGCAGUGCCUAUAAAAAGAAGGCAGACAUUUUUCUAGAUUUUUGACUAUAUCUCAUUGAAAUGAAACACAUAAUAUGAUGACCCUUAGCCGCAAGGGAGUCUGGGAUAGUGAAUAUUUUAUACUGACAUCCAAAAUGCAGGUCUCUUACUAGGCAAGGCCAGAAUGGAUACUGGGUGGGAACUAGUGACAUUUUAGACAAGCAGUGUUAAAAAUGCCACUCAUCCACUUAUUAACGAAGAUAUUAAGCUCUUUGUCCCAGAGGCACUGUUCUAGGGAUUGGGGAUCUAUCAGUGAAUGAGACAGAAAAGGUCUCUGACUUCCAGGGGCUUACACUAGGGCAGGAUAAAUAAUAAACAAGGAGAGAAGAUCAUUUCAGAUAGUUAUGCUAAAUACCUACAGUUCUGUGUCCGAGAACCUUUCGGUCAACAACAGAUCUGCAUGCACGACUGUGGUCCCCUAAGAUUACACACCUAUGACACUGUGGCCAUCCGGGCUCGUGUAGUGCACUCUAUGCUGUUCUCACAAUGAUGGAGUCGCCUAAUGAUACAUUUCUCAGGAUGUGUCCCCAUCAUUAGGACCAUAAGGCUGAGGUCAGUGAGCGUGCACACACACACUCAUACACUAAAGAUCUGCAAAGACAAUCAUGAGAGAGUGCUGGCGGGAUGGUCAGGCUUGUCUCUGAUGAUCACAGUGAUCUGUAUUACCUGCACAGCUGCAUUUACUGCAUUAAAUCACUUAAUCUUCUCAACGCAUAACACAAUGGUGGACUCGGGAUACAAUAAUGAGACACAAUUUCUGCCCUCAAACAGCUUACAGUUUAGUUGGAGAUUCAGAGAAGUUUGUCAGCAUCUUACCAUGAAUCCAUUUUUACACAGCAGCCAAGGAGAGCUUUCAAAGUUCCACCUUUGGGGCCGGCGCCGUGGCUCAUUUGGUUAAUCCUCCGCCUGUGGCGCCGGCAUCCCUUAUGGGCACCGGGUUCUAGUCCCGGUUGCUCCUCUUCCAGUCCAGCUCUCUGCUGUGGCCUGGGAAGGCAGUGGAAGAUGGCCCAAGUGCUUGGGCCCCUGCGCCUGUGUGGGAGACCAGGAGGAAGCACCUGGCUCCUGGCUUCGGAUCUGCGCAGCGCCAGCCGUGGCGGCCAUUUGGGGAGUGAACCAACGGAAGGAUGACCUUUCUCUGUCCCUCUCUCACUGUCUAUAACUCUACCUGUCAAAAAAAAAAGUUCCACCUUUAAUGUCUUCAAAGACUUUGUACUUCUUAAGACGAAGUAGGAAACUCUUCCCAAGAUCCAGGGUCCUGCGUGAUCUGGCUCUCAGGCGCUCUCUCUCAUGUUGGCCCCUCAGUUUCUCAGGCCCCCAGCCCGACUCUGUCAGAGCCUUCUUGCUAACUGUCCCACCCUCCACGCUUCAUUUGGCCAACUCCUGCUCCUGGAAGUUGCUCAAAUGUCACCUCCUUGGGGAAGUCUUUUCUGCCCCCUCCAAUUAUGUCAAGUCUUGUCACAUCCACUGUGAAAUGCCAUAAUUAUAUUUAGUAAAUUUACUGCUUAAUAUCCAUCUUUUUAAGCUCUGAGCUCUAUGAGGACAGGGGCCACCAUUUUCCUUACCAAUAAAUGCUCAGCACCCAGCCCAGAACAGCUGCUCAGUAAGUCCCUAUGGGCGGAGGAAUACAACGUGGCCGAGUUCGAAUGCCUCAGGAACACACAUCAGAAGAACCUAUCUCGGUCAGAGGGAACUCGAGGCGGCUUUCUGGGGAGCCGUGAAGGACAAGGAGAAGUCAGCCAAGUGAAGAGGAUGGAGAGGGUGAGAGUGGAGGAGAGAAUAAGCGGCUCAUGCUAACCUCAGACAAGUGGAGAACUAAGGAGGACGAGCAGCGUGGAUGGUGAGGCUGGGAGGGGCCGGGGUGAGGGGAGCAGGGCAACAGAGAUGCAGAAGCGAGACCCGGCCCUUGGAGGCUUUGUAAACUAGGUCAAGCUAUCAUUUUAUUUUUUAAACUAAGAAAUAAUUCAUAUACCAUAAAGAUGCAUCCUUUUCAAGUGUACAACUCAGGGUUAAGGAUUCAUAGGGAGGGCAUGAUCAAGUGAAGAUCUUAAAGAGGUGACGCCUGACUGAGGUGUCAAGGAACUGCAACGGAGAGAUCACGUGCAGACAAAGACCAGUGACACCACUGCGGCAGUCUGGGGGAAAUGCAGGCAGGCGGGACCGGGUUAGUGGCACUGGAGAGCAGAGAAGAUGGACCGAAGUUGCUCAGUCAUUGACUGGGAAGGGGUCUGCAGGACAGGGUGGGGUCAAGGUGACUGGGAGGCUGGGGAGUCCGCUGGUGGGAAGGGGCUGCUGGGAGAGGACUCUGCUGCUCACGUGAGGUGCUGGGGGCGUGCAGGUACACAUGUCCAGACAGUGCUGGAUGCAGGGCACUCGGUCCUGAGGAAGGCGCUGGGCUGCAGCCUGAGCUGCGGGAAUCGCUGGCAGACGGUGACUGGAGCCAGCGUCCCGGGGAGGUCACCCGCGAGAUGUGAUCCAGGCACAGGGCUUGGCAGGAACAGCACCCACAGGAGGGGGGUGGUUCCAGAGGAGGAGCUGGGGGCUGGCGCUGUGGGGUAGUAGGUUGGGCCUCUGCCUGCCGCGCCAGCAUCCCAUACGGGCACCGGUUCAAGUCCCGGCUGCUUGGCUUCCAUUCCAGCUCUCUGCUCUGGCCUGGGAAAGCAGUGGAAGAUGGCCCAAGUGCUUGGGCCCUGCACCCUCAUGGGAGACCUGGACGAGGCUCCUAGCUCCUGUGGCCUAGCUUCGGCCAUUGAGGCCAUUUGGGGAGUGAACCAGCAGAUGGAAGAUAUCUCUCUGUCUCUGUCUCUCCCUAGCUCGGUCUGUAACUCUGCCUCUCAAAUCAAUCAAUCAAUCUUUGGGUGGGGGGGGAAGAGCUAUAGAGGCAUGACAGCCCCAGCAGAACAGUGCCACGGAAGCCAAAGGAAGAGAGAGAAGGGAGUGGUGCCACUGUGAAGGGUCACACAGCGGUGAAGUAAGACUGGACUUGGUGUCCAUGGAUCCAGCAAACAGGAGGCAGCCGCGGCUUUCUUAGAAGUCAGGCUGCAGCUGGACAGGUAUGCAUGGAUAUUCUUAGGAAAGAGUCCGGGCAGAAGGAAGGGUGUUCUGGCUUUGAUACAUGCACAGACAGAAUACUUACCUUCCUUUGGAUUUCAUUUGUCAGCCAUAAGUAGGGGUAAUAGAAGGUGAUGGGUAGGACAGCAGGCAUCAUGCAGGACCAGUCACCCAGACAGAAGCCUCUCACACUGUUGCUGACAACAUUGCACGAGAAGGUCUGGGAAAUGCCGAGCCCUGUAUAGGGUCCUUAGAAAGGUAUUCAACAAUUUUCGUUUACUUUCCUGUUUCUUGCACUAGCCACUCCUUAUUUAGUAAGAAAUGCUUCCCUCGGGAUCUCCAGGGAUGUGGCAUUACUCAGCAUUCAGGUAACAUCUGUCAUGAUUAGAAAAUUCACAGACCGUAUCUGUGACUAAUACUCAGUUCCCAACCCAGUAGUGUUUGUACCUCAACGAGGAGUUAUCUGAGUCGAGUAAAAUGUGGUUUCCUAUCACGUCAGAGCUGAGUUACUAUGAAGUGAGGCAAAGUAAGAAAGUGGGGCCAGCUACUGGGAACGAGAGGAACUGGAGCCAGCCCUCUGCGCCUUCAGUUUAAGGUGCAAUUCCUAACUCGGGUCAGGAAUACUCUCACCUGGCAACCAUCUUAAGUGAAUCUCUUGGAAGUAAUUAAUGGCUAAUAGUAAACAGAUUGUUUAGAGGGACAGCUUCCAGUUAGCAAGUGUCUUCUUUUUAAACAUUAUUUAUUUAUUAAAAAGGUGAGAGGAAGAGAGAGAGAAGAGGAAGACGGAGGGGAGGGGAGAGAGACAGACUCUUCCAUCCACUUCCCAAAUGCCUGCAAUGGGAGGGACUGAACAAUGGUAGAGCCAGGAACUCACUAGGUCUCCCAUGUGGGUGGCAGGAACCUAGUCACUUGAGGCAUCACUGCUGCUCCCAGAAUGUGCAUGAGCAGGAGGCCGGAACCAGGAGCCAGAAGCCAGGUACUGAUCCAGGCACUGCGGUAUAGGAUAUCUGCUACACCAAACACCUUCCCCAGAACGCCGCCUUAUAGCCAGUGCUUUACAUAAGUUAGGUCACUUAAUCCUCACCACAACCCUGUGAGGUGGACAUUAAUAUCCCUGGCUUAUGGAUGAGGGAGCUGACCCCUGAGAAUCAAAAGUCAGUAUGUUGGGGCAGACACUGGGGCGUGGCAGGUUAAACUGCUGCUUGGAAUGCCCAUCGUGUACUGGAGUGCAGGUUUAAGUCCCAGCUCCUCUGCUUCUGAUUCAGCUUCCUACUAACACACUCAGGAAGGUAACAGGUGAUGGCCCAAACAUCUGGGUCCCUGCUACCCACGUGGGAGGCCUGCGUAGAGUUUCUGGCUCCUGGCCAGCCUGGUCCAGCUCUAGCUGUUGGAAGGCAUUUGGGGAGCGAACCAAAGGAUGGAGGAUCUCUGUCUCUCCCUCUGUCACCCUACCUUUCAAAUAAAAAUAAAUCUUAAAACAAUCAACCAAACAAAAAAACCAGGGACACCACUGUGGCAUAGUAGGUAAAGCUGUUGCCUACAGUGUGGGCAUCCCAUAUGGGCACUGGUUCAAGUCCCGGUUGCUCCACUUCCAAUCCAGCUCCCUGCUAUGGUCUGGGAAAGCAGUACAAGAUGGCUCAAGUGCUUGGGCCCCUGCACCCUUGUGGGAGUCCCAGAAGAAGCUCCUGGCUCUUGGCUUGGGAUUGGCCCAGCUCCAGCAGUUGCAGCCAUUUGGGGAAUGAACCAGCGGAUGGAAAAUCUCUCUCUCUGUCUCUGCCUUUCUGUAACUCUGCCUUUCAAAUAAAUAAAUAAAUCUUAAAAAAAAAAAAAAAGCCCAAAAGAACAGUAAGUGGCUGACCUUGGAGUCCAGGUGUUACCUCUGAUUUAAACUUCCUCUAAUGGAGAGAGAGGGCAACUUCAAUAUUGUCUCUGAAAUACAUUUUAGGAAUUAUACAAUUUUGGAAUAUAGCAUCUUUUAAAAAUUAGUUGAUUUUAAUUUCCUCAUUAUGGCUAAUUUAGUUUGAAAUGAAAAAGAUUCUCCUGUGCUGAGAGCUGGAGGGUGAAAGGGCCUGAGAGCAAGAGGAGGGGAAGCAGGAAGUCCGCCUGGGCAGUGAAGCCGCUGGCCAGGCGAUUCUGCUGGGACAGCAGGGGCUUUGCCCGCAGCACAGGAGGCACUGCGACCUCUGCAGCGCUUCAAAUUUUGGAUUUUUUUUUAUUCUGGAAUAUUUGCAUAUACAAAAUAUUAUAUCUUGGGGAUGAGACCUAAGUCCAACCUGAAAUUCAUGUUUCAUUUACACCUUAUACAUAACAGCUUGAAGGGAAUUUUAUACAAUAUUUUUAGUGCACUUGAGUUCUGACUGCAAACUAUCUCGUGUGUAAGCUGUGGAAUUUUCCACUCGUGCUAUCCUAUCAAUAUUAAACAAGUUUCAGAUUUCGAAGCAUUUUAGAUUUUGGAUUUUCAGAUUAGGGAUGUUCAACCUGUAUUAAGAAAUUGCAAAUGGGAGAAGAAAGGUGUUUGGUUCUGCCAUGUUGUAUGCAGCUAUCCAGUGUUCAUCAAAAUUGUCAUUCAAGGCAGAUCAAACUAGCAGGGGGCCAGCGCUGUGGCACAGCAGCUGGUUCAAGUCCCAGCUGCUCCGCUUCCAAUCCAGCUCCCUGCUGAUGUGUCUGGGAAACUAGUGGAGGAUGGCUCAAGUGCUUUGGCCCCUGCACCUACGGUGGGAGACCUGGAGGAAGCCCCUGGCCCCUGGCUUCGGAUCAUCUCAGCUCUGGCCACUGCGGCCAUCUGGGGAGUGAAUCAGUGGAUGGAAGACGUCUCUCUCUGUCUCUACUUCUCCCUGUAACUCUGUCUUUCAAAUAAAUAAAUCUUAAAAAAAAAAAAAAAAAAAGAAAAAGUUAAAAAAAAUAGUAGAAGGCAAAGACAAAAAUUUGGGGCUUAAAUCUUCCUCUUCUUAUUAAUGUACCCCUUAUUUGAUGGAAAGGGGCCAGUACACCACAACACCAGCUCCUAUGGCAAACUUUUGUAUGCAUCUGAAACUGUGGAAAAUUAAGGAGUUACAAGUGGGAAGGGAACUAAUGUCAAAGGAAAGACAGUGGCCGGCGCCGUGGCUCAAUAGGCUAAUCCUCCACCUUGCAGCGCCGGCACACCGGGUUCUAGUCCCGGUUGGGGCGCCGGAUUCUGUCCCGGUUGCCCCUCUUCCAGGCCAGCUCUCUGCUAUGGCCAGGGAGUGCAGUGGAGGAUGGCCCAGGUGCUUGGGCCCUGCACCCCAUGGGAGACCAGGAUAAGCACCUGGAUCCUGGCUCCUGCCAUCGGAUCAGCGCGGUGCGCCGGCUGCAGCGGCGGCCAUUGGAGGGUGAACCAACGGCAAAGGAAGACCUUUCUCUCUCUGUCUCUCUCUCUCACUGUCCACUCUGCCUGUCAAAAAUAAAAAAAAAAAAGGAAAGACAGGAAAUAAUAAGCACAAGUUCAGGAUACAGGGGAUGGGACAGGAGAGUAAGGUGGAAGAUAUGACCACAUGAGGCCACAUGAGGUUUUAAAGACAUUACUAAUAUCAUAUUGAAUAAGCCACAUUAAUAAAUGUUUAUUUUAGUAUUAUGCUUUGUGGUUGAUAUAGGUUAUAUUCUUUUAAGCCAUCAAACAGUUCUCAGUAAUAGAUAAAAUUUUAAAUUAAAAACCUCCAUAAAUAAUAUCUUAAUGGUUUCUCACAAUUUUUUUUUUCUCUGACAGGCAGAGUUAGACAGUGAGAGAGACAGAGAGAAAGGUCUUCCUUCCAUUGGUUCACUCCCCAAAUGGACGCUAAUGGUGGCUCACUAUGUGAUCCGAAGCCAGGAGCCAGGUGCUUCUCCUGGUCUCCCAUGGGGUGCAGGGCCCAAGCACUUGGGCCACCCUCCACUGCACUCCCGGGCCACAGCAGAGAGCUGGCCUGGAAGAGGGGCAACCGGGACAGAAUCCGGCGCCCCAACCGGGACUAGAACCUGGUGUGCCGGCGCCGCAAGGUGGAGGAUUAGCCUAGUGAGCCACGGCGCCGGCCACCAUGUAUUUAAUUUUUUAACAAGGUUUUAUUUUUCCCCAAAAUUUAGUUUUUUAUUUAUUUGAGAGGCAGAGAAAGCAAGCCUCCCAUUCACUCGGUCACUCCUCAGAUGCUUAAAAUGCGCAGGCCACAGUCAGGAGCUGUGAACUCAAGUAAGUCUCCCGUGCAGGAAGUCAGUCACAACUGCCUGCCUGGCAGGAGGCUGGAAGGAGGAGCUGGGGCUGGGGCUGUUCACACUGGACACAGGUGUCUUAACUACCUGCCCCAAAUACUUCUGUUGUUGUUUAUAAAGAUUCACUUAUUUAUUUGAAAGAGUGUCAGAGAGAGGGAAAGAGAUCUUCUAUCUGCUGGUUCACUCCCCAGAUAGCCACAACAGUCAAUUCUGGGCCAGGCUGAAGCCAGGAGCCAGGAACCAGGAACUCCAUCCUGGUCUGACACACGGAUGCCAGGGGAGCAAGCAGGUACAUGGGCCAUUUCCUGCUGCCUUCCCAGGGGCAUCAGUGGGGAGCUGUAUCAGAAGUGGAACAGCCAGGACUUGAACUGGUGCUCUGGUAAUGGGAUGGCAGUGUUGCAAUCCACAGCUCAACCUGCUAUGCUACAAUGCUGGCACGCACAGGCCCUGCCACCCUAAAUCCUUUCUUACUUAGACUGCCUUUCUCCCUCCUCUACUAUAUAAAUCCUGUUUAUCUUUUGGGGCUAACUUUAAAUACAACUACAUAUGGCAGCUCUCCACUGAUGUUCCCCCUCCCCAAGAUCUCUCUUCUCUGAAUGCUUGGGUUUUAUAAUCAUCAUAUUAUUAACUUUUUUUUAAGAUUUUACUUAUUUAUUUUGCAAAGUAGAGUUACAGACAGAAGAGAGGGAGAGAUAGAAUGAAAGGUCUUCCAUCCACUGGUUCAAUCCCCUCAAAUGGCUGCAACGGCUAGAACUGGGCCCAUCUGAAGCCAGGAGCUUCUUCCGGGUCUCCCACGCAGGUGCAGGGGCCCAAGCAGGCCACAGCAGAGAGCUGGAUUGGAAGAGGAGCAGCCGGGACUUGAACCAGCACCCAUAUGGGAUGCUGGUGCCACAGGCAGAAGCUUAGCUUACUAUGCCACAGCGUCAGCCCCUAUUAGGUAACUUUUCUGUGUGCUCAAGCCUGAUCUCAGAUACACCUCCCCUCCCUCCACCUGGUCUUCUGUUUCCCCUCUUGAUCACUAAAAAUUUUUAUGCAGCUUUUAGAGAUGCACGAUGUAAAAAUAAGUUCCUCUUCCCAUUGGUAACUAGUAGUCUUUCUGGGUUCUCUCAAAACGUACCCUGUUUUUUUCCCGUAAUAUCAGGAUAUGCACUUGUGUACCUUGCCUUUUUCUCUUUGUUUCAGUCUUCACGGCGGAGCCUCCCUAGUGCUCCCAGCUCUACCACAUCACAUCCACUCACUUACUCGGCUGCCACGUUCUCCUGUCAAAGAGCUAGAGGUGGGUGAGGAAGGAUUUCUUUAGAGAAAUCGUACUACUUUGUACCCCCCUUGGCUCCCUUUGCUAAUGUGAUCAAUGAGACUACUUAAAUCUGUUUACACAAAUAAUAAAUAAAUACUUCAUCACUGCAGAUUCAAAGUGAACAAUGAAACCAAAUGCCCCCUAAUGAUUCCUUUGCCAAAGCAUUCUUUCUUUUAUUGGUUAGUAUGUACACCUCAAGAAUUUUUAAAGACAUUUAGAUACAUAUAAAUUAAUUUGUAAAAAGGCAGCAUUG